AUGGGGGAACAGCAGGGGAAUCUGCGUCAUGGCAAUGACAGUAACAAGCCUGACAACAAAGAUGGAGGCGGCAGCGCGAGUGCCAAUACUUCUGCUGCUGCUGCUGCUGCUGCUGAUGAACCGUUCAUCGCACGCACCGGCGAGACGGCGGGCAUCAAUGGGCUCUACGGCAACCGGGCGCAAAACGCCAUUCGUGGUAUGUUAGGGCCACAGGGACAAGCCGAGGCGCGUGAGUCGAAGGCGGUGCCGAUUUUAGGAAGAGCCACCGUACACGGCACAAAGUACACGUGCGACCGAUCGACGGUGUUCGAAAACUGGCGCCACGUGUGUCAGCCGCCGGUGGGAUGGCACAUUUCAAAGCUCGGCAGCGCCACGUGCAAGAUGCCCAAUGACAUCAACGAAGCCGUGGAGUCACUGCAGCUGCAGAUCAUAAAGGGAUGCAAUGUGUUUGAACUUGACGGCAGUAUGUCGGAUGUGCACCAAAGCGUCGCACGCGCCUUUUAUGAAGCGCUGCAGGCGUUUGAGUUGGAGCGCGAAGGAUUCGUGGUGGUGUUCCGCUGCGGCAUCAUCAAGCAGCAGCCGUUCCAGGAAGAGAUAACACAGGUAGAGUCAUCCAACACGACGGUGGUACGGAACCGCAUCGUUCCGAUCUUUGAGCGCUACAAGGCUUCUUCUCUCCCGUCGAUGCAGCUCAAGACGGGAUUUCGCAUCAGCGACCUGAGCGACGAUCAGCUCUCACGCUUGAAUCUUCGCCGUGUGUCAAAAACGUCCGCGGCGGGUCUCUCCCCGGAUUGGCUGGAGGCAUUCUUCACGAAUGUUGCGUACAACACGAAGCUGGAAUGCAUUGACGUCCUACUGAUGGACGGCUUCCACACACUGUUCGAUGGGCGCCUCGACGCACACAUCGAUGACGACAUUCUUCAGCUGUUCGCGUACCUCGAGAACCAGGUGAAGCUCGGUGUGCUGCAGUACUACGGCAUAUCGUCACCGUACCUUGCGCCGCACAUUCACCGCGACUACCCGACGCUGCCACCCGAUGCGAUGGUGCCCGACCACAUUCGCAACCGCAGGCCCCUCCCUCCAGUGAUUAAUCUUUACCGCGUGCUGGAGCUGGCGCGACGCGCUGGUGGCGACAACCACCAUUUCCGCUUCGUGCAGUAUCCGUUCAACCUCACCUUUUCUCAGGCCCUUAACAAGCCGCUGCCAUACGAUGGCAAUCACACCCUUCGUUCGCUGACGCAGGCGUUGGGGCUGACGACGUUGGGGUACAGCCCAUUGGAGGCAACGGAUCUGAUGGAGCUGCCGCAGCGCUACCACAACUUCCCAAUGGAGUCGGACCUCAAGUCUCUCCGCAUGAACUUCUUUACCGUGUGCGAGCGCUGUGUGCUGAAGGAGAUGGAGGUGAAGGAGUCCAUAGAAAAGGGGCCGUCAACUCUACCACCGCUGGAGCAUCUCUUUGUGGCGAGUGUGUACCUUGCGGCGCAGCGGCAGUUCACCAACCUUUUCUUCUUCACCAGCUGGGCGACCUACUACAUGAUCCCGCGCUUCCGUCGUGCGCUGAUGCGCUUCAAGGAGGCCUCCUCCGCAGACCUCAAGGAGUGGUGCAAGCAAUACGAGCAGCUUAUCAACGAUAUGCUUCGGCUUCGAAAACGUAUGUUUGAACACAAGUUCGGCAAGCGGGCGUUAGAGAAAAAUGCCGCGAUCGAUCGCGUGAGCCCAACGCUGGCUAUGUGCCCAAUGCUGAACCAAAAGGCCCUCAACUUUUCAACGUACGGAUGCGACACCGUCCUUGCCGGCUUCCACGUGUCGCGCUACUUCCACGAGGCGACCGAGUUGAACCCCGCCAAAAACGGCGAGCUGCCGGUGCCAGAGGGGGAGAUCGCGGCGCUGUGCGACUCAAUGGACGUGUCCUUCGCCAACUGCUCCCCACCGGACCCAUACAUGCUUGAGCCUAUCGUUACGGAAGGAAAGCUAUCGAAGCAGCGGAGCAAGUCGCUGGACUACAUGGUGAAGAUCGAUCCGCACAACCCAAAGUUUCCAGACAUCCCCGAAGAGUUGGAGGAGGGCGGCGCGACAACGCAAGACACAUGA